CUGUUCCGAAAACAACGCUCUCGUUCAGUUCAACUAUAGCUGCACCGGUUUUUGCGUGCAUUUAAUGGCCAGAAUAUAUUACUACAAACAUUUUGCAACAACAACAGCAACAGCAACAAUUAUAACACACAUGAGUAAAAGUGCCCAGCUGUGAAUUUUGUUACUAUCUGGACAAAUAUUUGUGCAAGUGCGUGCGGUUCUGUGUGUGCCUGUGUGCGUGUGCAGUGUCUGUUUGUCUUAAGUUCAACUCCCGAUGCCAACUGGAAUUGCAAUAGCAAUUGAAAGCGACACACAUUUGUGGCCAUAUACCCACCAUUCGCCGCUAAUUUGUCAGAAAGAUUGGCACAAUUACACUCACGUCACCUCGUCUUUAGCAGUCACACAAUAGUCUCCACAACUACUCCACACUGCACGAGCAAACUCUACAAAGCAGACAGCGAGAGGAAGAGUGCGCGCGUUCGGGUCUUGAGCUGAGCUCGAACACAGUUCGGUUGCGCGCGCUCAGUUGGUGUUUGUCGCUCGGCGUGUGAUGUACGAGUUAGCGCAUUCGCAACGGUAACGUAACGGUAACGGUUCCAUCGAUUGUCGUUGGCUAUAAAAGCUGCUGCGCGUGCGUCGCUUUCGUCGAUUUGCUCGGUUUUGGCUUCUUGCGCUGAUCAUCCUUCGGAACAUAACAACAACAGCCAUUGGCCACAAAGUGGGAGCCAAAGUUCAAAGCAAGUCAAUGUUGGCCAUAAAAGCCAGUUCAACAUAAAAGCCAUAAAGCAACGAGAGGCAACAAAGUAAAAAUAAAAGUGUGCGAAAACGGCGAAAACAAAAUGUAGCAACAACAACAGCAGCAACAGAAUUCAAUGCGAGUUUCGUUCUUUUCUUAUCGUUGUUGCCUAUGCUGUGUUCGUGUGUGUUGUGUCUGUGCGUUGUUUUUUUUUUGCCAACGGGCUUUUGCGCAGAUCUUGGCCAUUAAAAGUGACGCUGUAAUGGACCUUUGAAAUAAAAACAACAACAACAACUAACGAACAGACGAACAGAGGAACGCAGCCGAAGUCGCCGCCUCGACAAAGUCCCAGUUGGAUCACACAGUACCAGUUCGCGUCUUUAGUUAUUUUUAGCAAUUCUUCUUAGCCAUCAUCGACAUGGGUACCAAGUCCCCCGGUGGUCCUCAGCGCUGCCGCCUCAUACUGCAACACUGUCUGGCCAUACAGCUGACCAAGCCGGGCCACACACCCGAGGACUUCUGGAUGUACGAUUCGGGAUAUAUGAUCUUUCAGAAUUUCCUGGCCGCCAAUGCGCAAUGCUGGUGGAAUGGACCGCUAACGGCAGCCACACGCGCUCUCAAAUAUGCGGGGCAUGUGGCCCCCGGCAUGCUUUUGGUCACCGCCGAGCCCUGCGCCCUGGAAGUGCUACGCGGAGCGUUUGCGCGCAGCGUCCUCAAGCCCCCGGCCACAUAUGUCAUUAGUUCUGUCGGUGACAUUGACGAUUGCAUUGUGACGCCAACAGUUCAGGGACAAUUCACGCCACUGCCCGAGGCGCUCUGCGACGUGAUUAUGGAUCUGACCGCCGAGGGCCAGUCGGCGACCAUCGAACAUGUGCGCAGCAAGCUGGGCGUUCGAUUCGCCCACAUGACGACCCCGGCCACGGAGGUCAUCUACGAUACGCUCGCCCAGCUGAUGCAGGAGCAGAAAAUCUAUCAGACAUCAAAGGGAUACUUCAUCUUUACGCCAGAACGACGUCGCAGUCGCUCGCGUCCCCGCAGCAACCAUCAUCAACACCUCAACGGCAGUGGCAGCAGUGGCGGAGGCAGCAGCCUCGUCUAUGGGCAGCUGGACGAGGAGGACGGAACAGAGGUUCCGCUGGAGGCACGCACUAUGCUCAUGUCCAAUGCGGAGGCUCUGCACUCGCUCUAUGGCGAGAUAUCGACGGAGCGCGAUGGCGAUCUGACACACCAGUGCAUCCAGACCAAUCUGGCCGAUGUUAUUUGUGGCGGCAAUCCCAAUGACAAGAUCAUUUAUCCGCGUGCCGCCAAGCGACGCAGUGCAUCGUUUCCGACGCCGCGCAGCCUGGAACGUCGUCAUAGUUUGCGGCUUUUUGGAUCUUCGAAGCGCCUGCAGCGCUGCGCCUCAACCCGAAGUCUAUCCAAGACGUAUGCGCAGACGCUGAACACGACUGACAGCAGCAGCUCGGAAUACCAAAGCACAGAUUCGUCAUCACCCAAAAAAGGAUCUUUGCUCUCACGCCUGUUCCGACGCAGCGGCCGUGCCAAGCAGCGCCAGAUUGAAACGUACUCUGCACAAUUUCCACCCGCCGAGUGGUUCAAUACUCGUGCCGUCCACUUACACAGCGUCGGCACCCAGACGGCGGAUCACGAUAUGCCUGUGGUUCAUACUUUGUCCAACUCGACGUUCUACGACGGCUCCGAGUUGAGUCAGCGAUCUUCCACUUUGCCGCGCCGUCAUCGCCGUCACAUGUCCAGCGAGUCGACCUUCCUGAUUUCGUCGCGCGACUGCUCCCCCAUACGCCGCCGCUCCCCCGUCUACUGCAGCAGCUCCUUGCCACGUUCCACGCAAUCGAUACCGGCUACGGCCACAGCGACAGCCGCAGCGGCCAACAACAAGCACAAGAUGAAUCAUUCGUCGGCCACAUUGUCACGUCUGCACACUGCCACGCCCACGCCCACGCCCACAGCGCCCAGCCAAUCGCCGGCCCAUCUGCAAAAGACCGCACCGAAAUCCGUGAUUGGCAAACACAUCUUCGAGUCCUCGCCAGCGCGUUCCUCGACGCUGAAGGCCGCGGCGGCCAAGCGCCAAACGGAUGGUCUGAUCAUCAACAGCAGCACGGACAACAAGUCCACGUAUCGCAGCCUGCAGAGCAGCGGACCCUCCAGCCUGGAAUCGGGCAAGAACUCCUCCAUGUUUACCUCCGGCCCGUCGAGCAUCGACAGCGGAAAGGUUUCCUUUAGCAACAAGACCAGCGGUCAUUCUAGUCUGGACUCGCAGUGCUCCACAAACACGGCCGUUGUGGCGCCCAGCAGUAGCAGCAACGGCAGCAUUGGCAAUGGCAACGGCAACAAUCCAGCGCGUUCCAUACUACUCCUCAAUGGUUCACCACGAGGCACACCGCGUCAUCAAGCCAUGAGAGCGCGGGUGGCUGAGGCGCAGGCGCAGCGUCAGCGAGCGAGCACGCCGUCGCGCAUUCUCGAGGAGCUCUCGGGCUAUCAUCAAACCGCAGCAUCAGCCAAUGGAGUGCCCAACUCGAACUCAAACAAUUCCAUCACACUGCAGGUGACCACCUCGAACGGCCACCAGAGCAUACCCAGCACCAAGAUCUUUGUGCAGAACUCGCCAGCGAGGAGCGUCAUAACGCUCGAGAAUGGCAAAAUGCUGGAGAACUCGAAUGUGUUCAUCAUCAACAACGAGACGAUGACCAAUGAGAAGGGCGAGGUCAUCAAGAAGACGCUCUCCAAGCAGCACAGUGCCGCUGGCUCGGCAUCAGCCACCUCCACGCCCCUCAAGACCCAGACAAUGCAGCAGGAAGGUCAAUCGUCGUCGCCUUCGCCGUCGCCGGCACAGACUAUGCCCAACGCCCACCUGGAUGGCGCCUGCAGCGAGUAUGACACGAAUUCGGAGACCUGCGACUCGAUUUCGUUCAUCAGCGAAAUAUCGCCCGACAACACGGCCAGUCAGAGUCAUCACAGCAGUGUCCUGGAGACACCCUACGAUGGUGGAAAAUAUGCCAAGAACACCAACAACGACGCCACCAUGAACAACAGUCGCAAGUUGUGUCUCCAUCUGGCCCCACAUCCCAACAGCAACAUCGCCUACAAGAGCAACGUCCUGAAGAACGAAUCCCAGCCGAAUUCGCCGUGCACCGAAAAGCCCCUGAAGCUGGCCGCCCUGGCCAAGCAGGACUUUGAGAUUGCCGGCUCGGUGGGCAACCUGAAUUUCUAUGAGAAGCACUCGAAGGAUCUGGCGCCCACGCAGAGUAACAACAAGAUGAUGAACUCGAGCAGCGACUUGAAGAACUUGUGCUUCGAGUCUGUCUGUCAGCUGCAGAAAUGCACGAUGAGUGGCGACGAACUGGCCUUGGCCCAUUUGCUUCAAAAGUCCAGCAACCCACUGGGCAGUGAGCCCAACCUGGCACUCAAGGAUCAUGCCAAUGAUAAGUCCAUCGACAAGGAGGCCAUCGACAGGCGAUUCAGCCUGACAAAGGAAUCCCUUGAGCAGGGGCUGGGCAAUGGUCUGGGCACGGGGGGCAGUGAGGAGCUCUACAACUUUCCCAGCCUUACGGAUCUGUCAUUCAACUUCACAUCACUGGCAGCGCGCAAGAUCCUCCAAGGAGUCAGUCUCAACAGCAUCGACACUCUUGUGGAGCUUAACAUGGCGGCAGCAGCGGCGGCAGCUGCGGCAGCGAACAGCGCCCAGGAGCAGAAGCAGCAGAACAAUCAGGCGCCUACAGCCUCCGUCUGCACCGACUUCGGCAUGGUCUAGAGGUCCUCCGCGCUUGGACCCAACAGAGCGGCAUCUGUUGGCUCACAAAGCGUGUUUGCCGAACUUUAGAGCUGAUAGCAUAAUCAAACGAAAUUUAUGUUUAGGAAAAUAAUAUACAUACAAGUACGUACGAAUAAAUUCGUACAUAGUACAUAUAUCUGAGCAAUAUAAUAUUGGGGUCUCUUGCCUUUAUCCGAAAUCAAUUGAAUCUAUCGAAAUCGAUUUGAAAUUUCAUAAAAAUGUUUGCGUUUCCGAAUUCCUUACAAUUCACUCAUCGUUUCGAUUUCGUUAAAUUUGUUUGGAUUCGGAAUUGGGAAUCUGGGAUCUGAUUGUACAAGUAUACUAAAGUAUUGAGAAGUGCAUUUGGCAAGCAAAAUCGUGUAUAAUUUAUUAACUAUUAUUACUAUUGUUUUGCGUUCUUCAUUUCAUAGCAUCAAUUUGUAUGUAUGUAUAAUGUAUAUGUAUUGAUUGUUGUUUUUAAGAGGUUUUUGUUUUUAAACCACUUUUAUUUGCAGUGCCAAAAUAUGUUUAGUUAAUUUUAAUGCUUAUAACGUUUAGACAGUCGAGUCGAGUCGAUUUGUUUUGCUUCCACACACCACAAUACACAGAAAUUGAACUCGGAAAUCCCGAAAAAGCUUGCAGAAUGUGCAAUUUAUUAUAAAGUUUCUGUUUCAAUAUGAUUUCGAUAUGCUCUUC